UUUCGACCUCGCCAAGGCAAGGAUGGCGACAGGGGAGGAGGUGCUGUGGGAAUGGCAAGCGGAAGCUGUUGCGCUCGUUGUGGAGGACGACAGCCGCCGACUGCAUCUCACAGCGCAGGGCGUGGCGCUCCUUCGAAGUUACGACUACCCCGUAGCUGUGGUUUGUGUAGUCGGAAGUCCCACGCGACAUCGCAUUUUCCACGCCAUUGUCGAGGAUGGCAUGUCGGAUGGCGUGCCGCCACCAACGCCUGCAAUCAACGGAAUCUACAUGAUCGGUUCGGCAGAUUUCAUGCGCACUGGACGGUGCAUGCUUGCCGUGUCCCUCGUUGUAGACCUCGACGACGAUGACCGACACAUCCCGUUGUGGGACCUCGCCCUACUCCUCAGUUCCCUCAUAUGUUACGUCCACGACGGAGAUUUCUCCACGCCACCUCCCCGCCUCCUGGACACACUUCAAGUCAUUCGGCAGCUUCAGCCGGAUUGCGCCGCGAACGAAAUCAACACGUUCCUCCCGAGCUUGAUGUGGGCCACUCCCGCGAACGCUUCAUCUGGCGCCGCGUUUCACGAUUCCGUGUGGCCAUUUGAGCUUCCGCUCGCGGCCGUCGCCGAUUUAUCGACACUCGAUCUCAUCGGGUGGUUCCUCUAUCCGUUGCAAGGCUCGUCCAUUCUCGACAGCGUACGGUGGAGAAUUCUCCACCGCACCAAGGUCAAGACGUUCCUUGGCACAGAAUUGCGCGGGGAUGUCCUUGUGGCUCUUGUCGAUCAUGCCCUCUCGUGGAUCUAUUCCCACCACGACAAUGCCGCUGCGCUGCAGCCUUCGUUGACGCUCGACUUUCUUGGCGUGUGGGACCAGGUCGUCGCCAUGCAGUGUACUGCUAUUGCUGAAGCGGCACGGAUUGCCUACGAAGACGUGAUGGCGACCGACGCUCCGCCUGGCACAGCCGCGUGCACUCCACCCAUGAAACUGGCCGACUUUGACAAGCUGCAUACGGAAAUGCACCACGUUGCGCUCGCUACGUACGUGUCGCAAGCAAAGACGUACAAGUCAUCGCCUGCCUACCGCCGCCACAAGCAGUCCUUAGUGACAGCGCUACAAUCCCAGCACAACGACCACCGCAACGCGCUGAUCGCGUCGUCGAGGGCCUAUUGCAAUGCCGUGGCACAGUCGCAGUUGGCGCUUUUGGCUUGUGACGCCGCCUCGCCGAAAGAGAUUUUGUCACCGGGCAUACUGCCUGCUUUGAGUCCUCCCGAUGGCGCAGACGAGAUGCCCGACGUCAGCGUGGAUGUCCUGCAGGAGUUUGUACGGCGCUUUCGCGACGCCACAGUCGGCCAAGUGGCGGCCGACGAGGUGUUGGCCACCGUUGUUGUCACUGAUGUCGCUGCGAUGUUAACCAAACGGCAAGUCGCUGCCAAGGCAUCGUGGACUGCGGCGCAUUUGGAAUCGGAACGACAGGCGCUGCAAGCAGCAUACGACUCGAAACAGUCCCAACUCACGGCCCACUUCGAAAUCGAGGCACAAAAACUACGCGAUGCCUUGGCCGCCGAGAAGAAGCUGUGGAUGCAAGCUCAUGUGGCCAACCAAGCGCGGAGCAACAUCGACGUCCACGAGGCCAAGCGUCUGGCGGCAGAUCUCGCGGCGGCGACCGCCACCAUUGCAGCGCUCGAGGAGGACAAGCGGACGCUACAGCGUGACGUGGAAGCACUGCAUGACACAAUCGCCAAACUCCAAGAGCAGGUCGCUACAUUGCACGAGACGAUCGCAGACGACAACCGGGUUCGCAUGGCCCUUGUCGAUAGCGUUGCCGACUCGAUUCGAAAUGAAAAGCGCCUGGAAGCGGCAGUGGCGGCUGCCGAAGCCGCCACUGCCGCCGCCAUAGCGCAACAUCGCAUUGUCGUGGAAGAGAAGGCCCAACUCCAAACAACGUGGCAGCAACUGCUGGUCAAAAUCACAGCGUUGCCACCUGGACUACAGGAGCAAGUGCUGUCCGUCGAUCUCGAGUCCGUCGGCGACGGCUCAGUUGGUUUUUCGGACGCCCUGAGAAGGUAUAUGUCGUCGUGAAGGCGGCGCCUUGGUCGGUCGACAUGAUCUAGUUCGCCGACAGUGGUCGAGGGGCCGACCGUGAGCGGUGGGCCCAAACCGUUAAGUAACAAGAGCACAACACUGCAAGCUCGGCUUGCUUGGAC